AUGAAACAACACAACAGCAAGCGCACAAUGAGAGACUUUCUGUUAACGACGACAGCUCUAAUCUUGUCAUUAGCCGGCGCGUGUUACUGUGAGCUGACUUUACCUUCCAAAGCCGAGAUUAAAGCAAUAUCGAGUUCCCAAGCCCCACCAACUAAUCCACUUACAAAGCUUUACUCAAAAACAUUAGAGUCCACGGUACCCUAUACGACUACAUUUUCAACUACGAAGAAAAGCCCUAAAACAACAAUAGGACAUACGGCGACUGAGAGCCCAGUCACACCGAGUCAUUCAUCUACAAAAAAGUACACAAGCACAAAGAGGGUACUUAAAAGUGCAAGAACGCAAAAGUUAAACUCUAGAUCUAGGGCUCUCGAGACGGCUGCGCACUCAAAGACUCGGCUUCAAGAACGACUGGCUGCUUUAGAUUGCGAUCUGCCCGUGCUACCAAGGGAAUCCCGGUUGUGGCGCGGCAAUGAAACUCAUGAACUUAAUUUACCCGUCACCGAGUGCGCAGGGAGAGGCGGUGGUGGCGGGGGAGUUACGCAGGGUGCGGUCGAAGAGGAGUGUCCCCCGGUCAUCGUGUCAUGGGAGGGCUCCACCGACAUUCAGAGUGGGGACAUCCUUAUCGUUCGCAUCGCGGACUCCUUACUACUUGAUACCUUUAUCCAGAUCGAUGCAAAGAACAGAACUCUGAACCCGAACGUUUCUCACGUGGAUGGGGACAGAGUACACCGCACGAUGUUGCAGCCUGCCGUAUACCAAGUGACACGCCAGGGACACGAGCAUUGUGACGUGUCUGACGGCAUGUUACUGGACAUCACCCCGCUAGACGAGCAUGGCGCUAAGAUAUUCACGCUUUAUGAAAAAGAUCUUACCGAGGGAGUCAAUUUACUCAUAGUUGUUUCAGAGAAUUGGAAAUCUCAAUGUGUACGGCUGAAAGUAACAGUAAAAGCCGACAAUUGUGGUGAGGCCCAGGAUUGUUCUGGCAAAGGCGUGUGUUACACUAACGUUUCUAUGGAAGGGUACGAGUGCCAGUGUUGCCCCGACUACGUAGGACCGCACUGCGAGGAGCGGGACGCAUGCAAUCCAUCACCAUGCCUGAAUAACGGUAUAUGUGUUGACCUCACGCAACCUUUGAACGGCGCCUACUACCGUUGUCUCUGUUCUUAUGGUUUUACAGGUAGGAAAUGUGAAAGAGACCCUUGCUACUCAUCUCCUUGUAUGAAUGGAGGAUCUUGUAUGAGCAUGGCUUCGACGAACGGAUCUACAACUUUUCACUGUGCAUGUGCUGACGGGUUUACAGGCGCGCACUGUGAACUUACUGUAACAGGAGGCGCGUGCGCUUCUAAUCCUUGCAUCAAAGGGAUUUGUAUUGAACAGAUCGAUAGUGAUGAAACUGGAGAAGAAUAUCGCUGUUUCUGUCAACCAGGUUAUACUGGCGAUCGCUGUGACAUGGAGUACAAUGAGUGCGAAUCUUCACCGUGUGCGCACGGUGGUACCUGCACAGAUCGCGUAGGAGGUUUCGUGUGUUCCUGCGACCGCGGCUACACCGGCAAUACUUGCCAGCUCAAGGUUGAUUUGUGUUCUCCGAAUCCUUGUCCUGCACAAAGAUUCUGCAGAGAUCACGGGAACACUCACGCAUGCGAGUGUCCUCAGGGAUACGUCGGCGACGAAUGUCAUUUACCGGCUAGAUCGCCUUGCGACAACAAUCCUUGCGCCCACGGCGGGACCUGCUGGACUGUAAUAGAAUCCUUCUCCUGUUCAUGCCGACCUGGUUUCACAGGCAAGCUUUGUGAAGAGGAUUUUAUUCUGGAACCUGUAGUGGAGAGUGAGGGUAGUAUGGACAUGGAAUCUCGUGGUCGAGGGAGAAGUGAGAUUAUGGGUGGUGGCUCUGUGCGUGAAGUACGAAUGCCACUCGGCCUUUAUCACGAUCGCCUUCACAAUGUGUAUAUUGCUGCUGGAACACUUGGUGCUGCCAUUGCUAUUGUUGGAGUUGUGGUAACUGCUUGUCAUUGCCGUGUGAACAAGACUUACUCUCGUCUUCUGUCUCGUUUGUCCCGCGUUACGGAGCCAGGCCCUCCCCACCACUGGCUACAGGACAAACGGGCUCCGACGCUCGCUGCACCGUUCCCACCACCCUCUGCUGCCCUGGACACCACUGAUAUGUACUACACUCUCGACUUCAGCGAUAGUCAGAGUUCCCCCCUCAUUCAAUAG